UAAUUAAUUUGAUUUUUAUCAGGGCAUUGUACAAGACAAGUCUUCAGGCCUAUAGAUCCUAUGAUCCUGUACUAUUUAUGAAUAUAGUGUAACGGAACGGCCGAUAUACAGGUUGUACGAUCUGGUUGCAGUGUGGUGAUGGCACCACCCUCCCCUGCGCAUAACAGGUGCAAGAUGGGGAACUUCCUCUGGUUUUGUGCUGAACUGCUUUUUCUGCUUUCCCUCUCACAAGCACUUGAGACAGGGCAGGUUAAGGUUGUGGUCCCAUCAUCCUCCAUGCUUGCCAUUAAGGACAGCAGCAUUGUCCUCCCCUGUCACCUCGAACCUGAGACCAGUGCUGCAGGCAUGGAGGUGAGGUGGUUCAAGGGCAGCUUCACAGACUUUCUCUACCUGCACAAGAAUGGGAAGGAGACAGUAGGAUCGGUCUAUAAGGGAAGAGUCAGCCUGGUCCAUCCAGAUCUGGAGAAAGGCAACGUUUCCCUGUUGCUGAAAGACAUUACAGCUUCAGAUGAAGGAAUCUACACGUGUCACGUCAGCCCUGGGCAGUAUUUUGAUGAGCGAUCACUGAACAUGCUGGUCAGAGAGCGUGUGUUUGAAUGCAGCCAUCCUGUGAGACUGUACCUCUCUGUUAUCGUGAUUCCUGCAGUACUGGCUCUAUUCUGCUUCUGGGCUUCUUUGCUUUAUGCUCAAAGAAAGAAACAAGGUACUGUAUCAUCAGACGCAGUGUACUGGUGUACUGCCAGGCCCUGUAACACCAGGAGACUGAGGUCACUCUUCUAGACUGGAGUUAGAGUACGUUGUAGGUCGACCUGCAGGAGCAAACACAGCAGAUUCACUCAGUCAAGGGUUUGUUCCC